UCUCCAUAGGUUUUCAAGAACAGUCCCUCCGGCUGGUUGCCUAGACAAUAGGUGGGGGGGAGGGGAAGGGAACGGGGUAAAAUCUCGCGAUCUGUGGCGAAUUCCCGCGCUGCCUGCGGCCGUUUAGUCCAAUCCGCGGACUGCAGUAGUGUGCUGGCGCCUCGUGUGAGCCAGCGGGUGAGUGUGCCAUAAAGCGGGGUUUCAAAAUGAGUACAUGCGCUAUCAGAGUGAAGACAUGGUUGUCGUCAACAUGGCAUAUUACAGUUCCAGAUCCCUGGUUAGAAGCUUGCAUUAACUGGAUUCAAGAAGAAAAUGGGGGUUCGUCUCUCUCCCAGGCUGAAGUAAAUAAACAGGUUUUCGAGCAAUGGCUUCUUACUGAUUUAAGAGACUUGGCAUUUCCAGUUCUACCAGCAGGUGUCUUGGAUUCUCUAAAAUUUGAACUAAGUGGGUUCUUUGCAAUACAGAUGGAUUCCCUAGUGGACGUUAGCUUACCUGCAUAUUCCCAACUGCAGAAACUGAAAGGAAGGGAAAAUGCUAAUGACCAGGUUACAGCUACGACACAAGCAACACAGCAUUCAUGGGAAUCGAAACCAUCUCGAAUGCUCAUGCUACAGUUAACGGAUGGAGUUCAAAACAUUCAGGGAAUGGAAUACCAAACUGUACCAGUGCUUCAUGCUGGACUUCCACCAGGAACAAAGAUACUGUUACAGGGUACCAUAUUUUGUCGUCUAGGUGUACUUCUCCUUAAACCAGAAAACGUAAAAGUUCUUGGAGGCGAAGUGGAAGCUCUGGUGGCAGAAUAUACACAAGGUAAAGUUCUUUCAAGGUUGAUUGGCGUGGAAGAAGAGUCUUUGCCACAGCGAACACCGGUGCAAAAUCAAGUUACAGCACGUCCACAAGAGACAAUUGCGCAAGCUAUAGACUUAUCAGAUGAAGAUCUACUGGCUAGUCUUAAUGAGAAUGAAGAGUUCACAAUCAACAAUAAUACAGUUCCUGAAAGUGGCUACUACAGUAGAAGUGAGAGUUCAGAUCACAGUUCUGCUCUCUCAUACAUGGAACACCAACAAACACAAUUUUCAAAUAUUAGACACGCACCGAUCAUAGCCUCCAGCGAAACUGUCCAAGCAAGUAAUGCAGAAGAAAUUUAUGAUUUAGAUGACGAUUUAUUUUUAGAAGAAGAAAUUCAGAGAGAAUUAGAAGAGAUGGCGGUGGUACAGCCCAGGAUCACCAACAAUUCAUCUGCAAGAACAGUUAAUUCUACGGCCAUUACUACCAAUUCUCCAUCUUCUUAUCAAACAUCGGUGUCUGAAGUAGCGUUUGGUCAACUAAAUCGUCCCCCAUUUACCUACUUGUCAACUGUAUUGACUUGCCUAAAUACUGAAGUCAAAUGCGUGAAGUUAAAGUCCUUUAUUGUGACUUUAAAUGGAAAUCUUACCAGUAGUAGUGGCAUCUGGAGCAUCAAAGCCAAGAUAUCUGAUGGCACAGGAUACCUAGAUGUUGACUUCAGUAAUGAAGUCCUCACAAAACUUAUAGGGUUUUCGGUGAGUGAAAUGAAAAGGCUUAAAAAGGAUCCUAGCCAGCAGAAUAAACUUUUAGAUGGUCUUCAGAAGUGUCAGAGGAUGCUGACCGAUUUCUGUGGGAUAAUGACUGUUUCAUACAACCCUACAACAUCCGAAGCCAAUGUGCUUGAAUUACAAGAUGUCAGCGAAGAAAUUAGUGUAAGUUUAAGGAGACACCUGAAUCAGUAAGACGUAUUGACUGCAUCUUAACCAUUUAAUUGGCCGUUCGUAUGGCUAAGUGUGCCUCUUUGUAAAACAAAUGUAAAAAUAAGUUGUAAAGAAUGUUGCGUUGAAUAUGUUGGAAAUUACUAUUCGAUGCAGACCUAUUAAUGAGUACAUGGAUGUCUUCCAUUACUUUUGUAUCAAAAUAGCCUUGUCUUACAAGUUCUUGCAAGAUCAUUGGUAAGAGAGCCCUUGGAGUGAGAUUGAGGCUGAAUUUUUAUUUACUGCUUCCCCCCAGGUGGCAAAAUGCGAUUUUUACUGUGUUAUUUUAUAACUGAUGUGCACUUAGGGCUCAUGCACGCGGCCGUAACCAUUUUUGUGGUCCGCAAUUUGCAGAUUUUCAAAACAAGGAUACCAGUCCUGUGCGUUCCGCAUUUUGUGGAAUGGACUGUCCGGCCCAUAAUAGAAUAGUCCUAUCCUUGUCCGCAAAAAUAGGACUGUCCACAUCUUUUGCAGCCCUAUUAAAGUAAAUGGGUCCACAUUUGACCCGCCAAUAAUUGGGUGCGGAUAAAAAAAUAUUUUUGUGUGCAUGGACCCUUAGUGCUUGUUUUAAUGACCGUAUGUGUAGAGUUGUCCCAUGGGCUAUGGCUAAUUACCUACUUGAAAAGUACACAGUGAUCUUGUCUCUUUUGAAAUCAAGAAGCCUAACGGAUUUGACAUAUGGAAUGUUCUCAAUCAUUUAAAAGAACAAUGGAUAUGAAAGAACAAUACACAUUAAGCUAAUAGAAAAUGUCAUCCGCUUGUAAUAUGCCCAGGCUAAAUCUGGUUUGUGCUCCGCCUAUUUGUUAUUCAUGUAUGUAUUAUAUAUUAUUCAAAUUCCUAUGGUUUGCUAGAUUUAGAAUGUCUACGUUUAUGUUUUGCCCUUUUUGUGUCUUCGUGUUUGACUGAUUAAAGUAUUUUUAUAUCACGUUC